CCGAGCAGUCGAGCUAUACGGACGUGUGAAUCAGUGCUUCUGCAAGUGCGACAAGUGGGAAAACAAAGUGACUCAUAAUAGAACCAAUCGCUAAAUGAUGAAAAACAUGCAAAAAAUAUCACCAAUAAAAAUUCUAAAUAAAGGUGAAACAUAUUCUAUAAACAGAGCUGUAGAUAAAACUAAUCCAAAUAAAUCAACAAACGAAGAUCAGGAUUGCUCAGUUAUAAAUGAAAUAGAAAUGGAAAUUACACAAAAUAAUGAUGAAAAGAAUAAUAUCAACAAUGAUCUAUCACAUCAGAACGAAAGCUGGAGGACUGUAACUCCCAGCAAAAAACGAAAAAUAACUUCAAACACAAAUGUUAGGAGGGCUAUAGAAACAGAAAGGCAACAAUGGCUACAAGAAAUUCCUCUUCAAAACUCCUUCAGCUCACUGCCAGAAGAGAAGGAUUCAGACCCACCUGAAAAACCAAUAACACACAUUGCCAAACCACCCCCAAUCUACAUAGAUGCUAAAAUAAUAGACCUCCUCAUUGAGCUGCUAAACAGCACGGCAGGAAAAGAAAAUUACACCAUAUAAACAACUUAAAUUGGAUGAGGUAAAAGUACAAAUUAAUACUCCAAAAAUUUUUAGAAAAGUGACAAAAGCACUAAAAGAAAAAAACGCUGGGUAUUAUACUUACCAACUCAAAACUGAUAAAAGUUACAAAACAGUAAUCAGAGGAUUACACCCAAAGACAAAUACAAGUAACAUAUGCGAGGAAUUAGCCAAAAUCGGACAUCAGGUAAGAACAAUAAAUAACAUAACCAGAUUUGAUACUAAACAACCAUUACCGCUAUUUUUAAUAGAACUUGAACCUAAAAAUAAU